UUCAUUCAAUCGUAGUUGUUGGCACGGAUAUAUUUUUUUUAUUUUAUUUAAGUAGAAACGAUUUAACAAUUUUUAACAACGCUUUUAAAGCACCAAAAACCAGAAAUUUUAUAAAAAAUUCAUAAACAACGAGUUUAACAACCUUCAAAUAUAAUGUUUUAUUAAUAAAAGUGUUAAAAAAUUCCUCUUUUUUUUUAAAAAAUCUCUUUUUCAUAGUUUGUUUUCUCUUUCAAUCUGUUUCACAAUAAAUUUAUUUCCAAACCACACUUUUCUAACGAAUAUUUUUGUGUGCCUUUAAGUGCUGUGCGACAGACAGUGUAAUAGUUUUGCAAAGAAAACAGAAUGCAGUUUUUUCAAGUUUUAGCCACAUUUACACUAUUGACUUUAACUACACAUAAAUGUUUAGUAAACAGUAAUUCCGCCCCCGGCGAUAAUAAAGCGGGCGGUAAUCGUUUCAAUACCCACCUAAGUGCAGUAGACAGUGGCGGUCAGCCGCCAACGGCCAGCAAUCAUCAGAGAUAUCAACACAUACCACCGCAUCAGCAGCAGCAGGCGCAUCAUCAACAGCAUCACAGCCAGCAUCAAUAUGCGUCUCAUGCAGCCGCAGGCGGUGGUGCUGGUGGUGCUGGCCACAAUAUGGUGGGUAGUGGCAUUCACCAUCCCUCCCAUGGAGCUGUUAUAGGUAGCCAGCAUAUUUAUCAUCCAGCUCCGAAUAGUGGUCAUGCGGAACACAAAAAUACCUACAAUCUUUUAAGUGAAGCCAUGUCUCAGGCCGUUAGUAAUGAAUUUAGCUCUCUAGGCAGUGGUUCGGCCGAUGGUGCUUGUCAUGCUGAUGAUCUUGAUUGUUAUAAUGAUCAAGAUCGUUUGGGCAUGGAGGCUAUUAGAAGUUUACAUCGUCAAUUAGAUGACGAUGAUAAUGGCAAUAUUGAUUUAAGUGAAUCUGAUGAUUUUUUGCGUGAAGAACUUAAAUACGAUUCGGGCUAUGAAAAACGUCAAAAAGCUUUCCAUUUCAAUGAUGACAUGCAUAUAUCUGUUAAAGAGUUAUGGGAGGCCUGGUUGAGAUCUGAGGUUCAUAACUGGACUACGGAACAGACCACCGAUUGGUUGGCCCAAUCUGUACAACUUCCACAAUAUGUAGAUCUAUUUAAACAGCAUAAGGUUUCAGGCGCUAGUUUGCCACGAUUAGCUGUUAAUAAUAUGCAUUAUGUCAGCAAUGUUUUGGGCAUUAAAGAUCCCAUACAUAAACAAAAAAUUGCCUUAAAAGCCAUGGACGUGGUAUUAUUUGGACCACCUAGAGAGACUGGCACUCGUUGGAAAGAUUACAUUUUAGUAACUUUACUAUUAAGUGCUAUAAUUGGUUGUUGGUAUGCUUACCAGCAAAAUAAAAAUGCUAAAAGACAUUUACGGCGUAUGGCUCAAGAUAUGGAGGGUUUGCAGAGAGCUGAACAAAGCUUGCAGGAAAUGCAAAAGGAACUAGAACGUGCUCGCCUGGAGCAAGAGAAUGUGGCCACCGAAAAAAUGGAUUUGGAGCGUCGCCUCAAAGAAGUACCCACCUUGACUUCCUCCAAUUCCGAUCUGGAAGUUCAACAGCUGAAAAAGGAAAUUGAAAUGCUGCGCACCGAAUUGUCUAGGGCAGAAAUUGAAUUGGUCGAUAAUUGCUGGGCACCACCGCCCCAGCUACAAUCCUGGCUGCAAUACACCUAUGAGCUGGAGAGUAAAAAUCAUUUGAAGAAACGUGUUUCGGCCGAGAAACAAUUGCAAUCGGCCCGAGAAGCUUGUGAGAAGCUACGCAAGAAACGUACAAGUUUGGUGGGUGCUUUCGUUUCCACUCAUGGCAAAAGUAUUGAUGAUGUGGAUCGUUCGAUUGUCGAGGCUCGUAAUUCGCUGGGUGAAGUCACGAAUGAGUUGCAAGAACGUUUACACCGAUGGAAACAAAUCGAACAGUGUAUGGGCAUGAAUAUUGUCAAUAAUAAUGGUUUGCCCUAUUUGGAGAGUGUGCUGUAUGGCCGUAAUGGCGGCGGUGGUAGUGGUUCUUCUGUUAAAAGUUCAAGAGCACGCAUUACCAGCAGCUCAGAUGAUUUAGAUGAUGAAUCUGUUCAAGAAAUUUUUUGUAUUUUGCCAGGUUUUCAUGAUGGUUACAGUCGGAAUUCGACUCUAAGUGCAUCCACCCUCUUGAAUAGUAGUUCGACAAUGGCACGAGAUGAUUCAUCGGGUAGCGAGGACAAUAUCGAAACUCAAUCGGUACAAUUUUAUUUGGGCAAUGCACCGCCAACACCUAUGCUGAAUGCGAGUGCGAUACAAACUCCAGCAAUAACGCCACGUAGCACCAUACAGCCACCAUUUGAAGUGAUGAAUCAUGUGGGCAAUCACAAUCACACGACGAGUAGUGCUAAUGUCAAUGCAGCAACAGCAUCAGCCAUUGCUGCAGCUGCAGCCGCAACAGGACAGCAGCAGCAACAACAACAACAUGCUUGUAACAAUGACAGUGUUGUACACGACCUAAAUCGUCAUAGCCCUUCGGUUUCAUCGGAACGCUCAGAUCGUUCUAUACCUGUGCCACCGCGUACUAAAAAGCACGCCCACACAAACUCGAUUUCGUCUACCACUUCGUCAGCUACGACAACGACUGCAACACAUAAUGUUACAUCAGUAGCCCCACCGCCACCUCCUCCAAGUGGCCCCAUAGGUCGUGCACCUUUACCUCCACCUCGUAAAUCAAAUCAGAGUCCAUUAUUAAGAUCCCAGAGUUCAGAUCUUAUGGCGGCAAAAGAUUUAUACAACUACUUGGGUAGACCACAGCCCCUGCAAUUGUUUAACAAAACAAAUAAUCAUACAAAUGGAGCAGGCUCAGCUGUAAAUACUACCACCAAUUUUAAACAAAUGGUUAAGCAGCACAGUACAGCAAGUCAACAAUCUACCUCAUCGACAUCAUCGUCCGUACACUCGGCACCCGAUCAGACAGGCAAACAACAAUCACCCUCACGCCUCUCCACCAACUCAUUAGAAAGACAAAUAAUGACACAACAUCAUAAUCAGCAGCAACAAUUUCAUCAUCAACAUCCUCAACCAGCCUCCUCCUCCAUACAAACAACAUUUUCCAAUUUGGAUAAAGAUCUACAACUAACCUCAUCACUUACUACCCUUCAAAGUUUAGGGCAAUUAAAAACUGACGAUAUUUUGCUAAUCAACAGCUCCCUAACAGACUCGAAUAUAUCGACUGAAUCAUCAUAUCACAGUGAUACACAGCUAAAUGUUUCCGAUAAAUCGAAUACUGAGAAAACAGCAUCAACUUCAACCUUAAAGAAACGUAAAAAAGGUUUACGUUUCGGUUUUGGCAGUAAGAAAUCUUCAAGUAAUUCGAGUCACGACUCGAGUACAAAAUCAAAAUAGAAUUUGUUUUUAAAAGAAAAUGGUAAAAUGAAAUCAUCAUAGAAGUACGAGUAUAUAACUGAAACAGGAGUCAAUUAUCUGUAAGGAUGAGAGGAUAAGUUUUUACAAAAAUCUAAUUUUUGACUCCUUUUUAAAUAGUCUUCCAUUUUCUAAAAUGAAUAAAAGAAAUGUAAAUUAGAAACUUAUAAUUAAAUAAAAAAGACACAAUAGAGACUUAAGGCACUUAUAAGCAAUAUUUAAAAUGUAAAUGAUGCCCAAAACACACCCUCCCUCCCAACGCGGCAAAAAUAGGUCUUCAAAAUGAAACAACAAAUAUUAGUAAUAAUGAAUACUACUUGUGUAUAAUAUAUACCUACUUUUUUUAAAAGUUAUUUUAAUAUCGAAUAAUUACUUAGUGCCUUUUCUUUAAUUAUUUUGUUGGCAAAGUGAUUUGAAAGGCUUUAAUGUUUUGUAUUGUUUUACUCUAAGUUUUUUUAGAAUAUUGUCAAUUGGCUAAUGUAGUAUAUUUGCAAGCACAGAAAAUUUGAUGUAAUUUUUUGCUAUAGACCUAGAAAAUGGUUUUCAAUCAUAUUGCUAAAUUAUAGUUUUUAUUAGCCAUCAUAGUAACAGUAAACAGAUUGCUCAGAAUUACUGUUUAGGUAUUGCAUAUUUACAAGACCUUUUCCAAAUGCAAACAUUUCUUGGAAAUAUAAAAUUUCAUUGCAAUCCAAUAUUAAUUGCUAAAAGCUAUACAGUCGAGCUACAUAACUCGCUUUUAAUAUUGAACUCCCCUAGAGAUUUGUUGUUGAGGUCCAGCAAAUUUUACUAUUUUUUGCUAGACUUGCUAUAUAUGCAGCAUUAAAUUAUGCUAGUAAUUGCAAUUUAUUUUGGGUUUUGAGAAAAUGUGAAAAACAAUUUGGAUAUUUAAAAUGUCGAAACUUGUAUUAGAUUCAAAUCAAAUGCUUUUUUAGCCCCACGAUGGCUUGUUAUUUCUUAACCUAAAGUUAUACUGUCUGUCAAAAUAGGUUUUGUAUGAAAAAUGUCAGUAUAACUUUGGGUUAAAAAAUAACUAGACUAUGUAAAAAUUGCUAUCGUGAUAUUCCCAUGAACUUUUCAUUCACAAUAGUUGAUUUUGUUCGUUACAGCUGUUUAUUGUUUACAAAAUUCCAUCUAAAAAUUCCACAACAUGGGAAAUUUUUUCACGUGAACAAAGUUGAUAAACGAAAAAUGGGAAAAGGGAACAUAUUUCAUGUGAAAUAUUUAGCCCAAUUAUGAAAAAAAAUUACCCGGAAUUUUUUUCCCUUUUCGUUUUUUUAACUAGAAUUUGAAUAGGAAAAAUGAGAAAAGGGAUUUUUUUUCAUAAUAGGGCUGAUUUAUUCGCGAUAGGGAUUAUAAAAUAGGAACAAGAAAUAAUCAUGUGAUAAUAUAUAAAAAUGCUUUAAAAAAGUUCCUGAAAUAUUCACCCCUAUCGUGAAAAACAUGUGUAAUUUAUGUUCCCAUGAAAUAUUCAUUUCCCUCGAAGGGAAAAUUGCUAUCGUGAUAUUCCCCUAAACUUUUCAUUCACAAUAGUUGAUUUUGUUCGUAGCAGCUGUUUAUUGUUUACAAAAUUUCAUCUAAAAAUUUCACAACAUGGGGAAUUUUUUCACGUGAACAAAGUUUAUGAACGAAAAAUGGGAAAUGGGAACAUACUUCAUGUGAAAUUUUGAUUCGCGAUAGGGGUGAUUGAUAACUCAUGAAUGAAUUGGUAAUAUUCUUUAUUGAAAGGUUUCCCACACCAAAGGCUGUAUGUUAUUUAGAAAGUAAUCCAUCCAAUUAAAUUUUUUGAAUUGAUUUGACUUUAGAGGAAUUAAGGACCCUGUUACUCAUUUUUUUCGGUAGUUUUUAUUCCGAUUGAUUUCGUUUUACGUUCUUCAGAUUCCGUGUAAUUUGUUAAUACAAAAAAUUAUGAUUAAAAAUUUUAGAAAAACAAAUAAUUACAAGAUAGAUAGAUAGAUUUGAAGGGUACACUUCCACUCGGACACCCAUAGGAUCCAUUGUGAUACCCUUUAGAAAUAUACAGGCCUGACACAGAAUUACAUUCCGAUCGAAAGUGGAAUGAAUUAAUUCCUUAUUUCUCUUCUUCAGCUAAAGUAAAACGAAAUUUUCUUUCGAAAUUAAACCUCUUUCUGUUUUCAAAGUGGAAUUGAUAUUUCAGAAAAUCUUGUUUUUCACAGUUAACUCUCAAUUAACAGGGUCUAAACUCCUGUUAGGUCAGUUUUUACCAUUCAAAUUGAUUUUUCACCUUAUAAUAUAAUAUAAAGCUUGUUUUCCAGUUCUAAAAAAUCGAAAACCAAAGAAUAAUUGUCGGCCAUGAAAAAUUGCGUUUUCGGUUUGAAGUCGUUAUAACAUUAUAUUUAUUCCAAUUACUUAAACAAAAUAUUGAAGUCUAUCGCAUCACUUUUUGUGAAAUUUGUCUCUCUUAUUUUUUUAACUAAACUAUUACUUGAAAGGUAUUGAUUUGACUUGUUCCCAUUACUGGCUAUUUUAAUUUAAAUGUUAAACAUAAACUUAUACUUAUUCUAUAUACAUACAUAAUUUUAAUUUAAUUAUUUUGUUUAAAACUUUAAAGCACUUAAUAUUAAUUGUACUUAUUUUAAAACUUUUUUCUUAUUUUAAUGCUUAAAGCACUUUACCAUGACCCUCCAAUUCGUUCGCCAUUUCCAAAAUAAAAAAACAAACGAAUCUACAACAAAAGACGUUACUUUAUAUUAAAUACUAAAAACGAUUAAUAAUUAAACUUUUAAUGGCCUUAGUUAUUUUAUUUUAUUUUUUUUCAAACAUUCAAAGCGCUGUGUAAUUAAUUUAUAAUUUAUAAAAACAAAUUAAUAAUUUUGAAAGCCACCUUUACUUAAUCGUUAAAUAUUAAAAAUCCUGGAGCAAUAUAUACAAUUUAAUGUUUUUUAUUAUCGAUUUUUUUUACAAAAAUAUUAUCUGUUUUUUUUAUAUGUUUUGCCUGUCUUACUAAAUUGAUAUUUUUUUUAUUGAAUUUAUAUACUUUAUACUAUUAAUAUUGUAAAUUAUUUUUAUUAUAAAUAAAAUAUAAUUAUGGUCUAUAAAUAAAAUCAUAAACAUCA